AUGGAAUCCUCACCAGCUUCUCCUGCUGGGGGCAGCAGACAAGAGUCCAAUGUUGGCAAAUCACAAGGCAAUGUGAAUGACACUGGAGCCUUCGAGGUAGAGAACAAGGCAUCUAAGAAGCAAUCUGACUCUGCAACCAAGAAGUUAUCAGAAGCGUCCAAAAGAAGUGCGACUAAGUCAACAAAGUCGAUUAAAUCUGGCAAGUCGCCGAAAACUGGCACGUCCGAAAAGGCUGGGCGAGGUGGAAAAUCAUUGAGUGCCGGAGGACCUACACAGCAUCGAAAGUAUGGGCAAUCCAGGCGACAUAAAGAGAUCUCAUCAUCCGAAUCAGAAGAUUACUCAUCGAGCGAAAGUGAAGGCGGUUAUUCUCAGAAUACAAAUGAAAAUUCAGACUCGUACUCUUCAGAGGAAGAACAGAGCCAUCGCAGGCGCAAACAUCGACAACGGCGUCCAUCACGCUCCGUCUCUCGACACGUUACGCACCAGUCUCGUGCUGCCAGCCGAAGCGGUAGAAUACAAGGCAUGGAUGACGGCAAAGCAGAAUUUGAGCAGGACAAUGACCUGAUGUCGUCGAGGGAUGCGGAGCUUUCAAACCCUCGAGGCUACAGAGGCUGGAAUGACCACAAUACUCAGCGAGAUAUGGGAGAGGCCAUUGCACAUUUAGAGUCACGUUGCGCUCAACUCCAAAUGCAGAUGGAAAAGAUGAAUGGCAAUGGCAAUGCAGUUCAAACGAUGGCCGUGCCUCUCAGCUCUCAACCAUCUGCGCAGCAUCAUCCGCCCAUGCAACCACUGGGUAUUGCAAAUCCUUACUAUCCAGUCGGUUGGAAUGCUAGUUUCAAUCCAAAUCCUAACAUGAGAUCAUUUGCAGCCAACCAAAGAAUGAUGCUAAGAGGAGAAUCCCCGUUUCAUCGUGGUAUGCACGGAGCGCCAGGUCAACCUCACAUCGCCAUGCCAGGCGACAAACCUCGAUCCAUUUCUAAGCAAGCAAAAGAAAAAAAGUUGGCCUACAAACGAGUAGAUUCGGUAUGGGACAGCUCUUUGUAUACGUUCAAACUGCAGGACACCGCCGAAAUGACCACGAGCUCCAAGUACGAUGAAUAUCUAUUCCACGUGAGGAGAACCUUUGACAGCGAGGGUAAAUAUCGUACCACAAUUGUCGAUAUCAAAAGCAAGCUUCUGCGUGAAUGCCUGCAAGACGUCAUAGGGAAUGUGCGAGGCGUAAAUCUGGUUGAUGAAACGCCGAAAUUGGACCCAAAUCUACUCUUCCUAUACCUGGAAGACUUUCGAUCACAUUCGGCGAAACUGAGGGAAGUUGAGCCAGCGGGCAACUGUAGACGCAAGCGAAGAAAGAACCAGCUUAGGCUCGACAAUAAACGCAAGGAGCUUAAAGUCUUAAUAAAGUACCUGGAUAAAGAUUACGCAAAGGUCAAAGAGAGUCUCUACCCCAUGCUUGAGAGUGGAAUUAUCACAUUCGACUACCUUUGGGCUUUGUGGAAGCCUAACACACUUGUGUAUUCUUCAACAUAUGGUUUCACAGAUGACCCUAGGGUUUUCAAGAUCGACCUGGCAGUGCGGCAGUCGUCAUUGUUGCGCGGUGACUUUUACUUCAUCGACGGAAAGUACCUUGAAUUUGACGGAAAGCGAUUUGGACAUGGUACGGUGUCAGAGGAAAUCGCAGAGUUCCAGGGUACUCGCAAGAUAACAAGUCUUCCAUUUUAUCCCCUAUCAUAUCACAGGGACGAAGAUGGGGUCCGUCGACUGCUUGUGGAGCGUGGAAAAAAGUUUGUAACUCUUCACGGAACACACUACAAAGCUUAUACAGGCAUUGCGUACAACAAACGGAAGAAGGGCUCCGUGGUCAAAUUCCACAUUCAGCAAAGUCGAAUAAUGGUUGACCCAGCGAUCUUCAGGCGAAUCAACCCAAACUACUACCUGUCCAAUGUACGGCCAAAAGACUUUGACGCUCUCUCUGAUCUAGGCUUAUCGGACGGCGAUGAUGAGCUCUACGAGUGCUUCUCUUCCGAUGAUAUGCAAGGAGAUGGCGGUCCGAGAGUGGUUACUAAGACAACGAAGAACUUGGACUGCAGCGUACUGGUUACUAAGGCUCUUCAGACAGACUUGGAGGCAAGGUCCAAGGUGUCCCAACCACCAUCGACGGCUACCAGCAAAGUAGCUCCUGGGGCAGCAGGUGCUGAUUCGUCUGGAGAAGAAAAGCCAGUGAACACGCCAGAGGAAGAUGCUUCCGAGAUGGCGUUGGAAUUUACUGAUGAGGACUACCUCCUCGCUUCUCCAGUAGUUCUGGGGUUCUCUUUCUCAGAAAAGCUUUGGUUGGAGUUUGCAGUCUCAAGAGUGCACGACAUCAAGUGGAAUGAAGAUGCAUGGGACUCGCUGGUGCUCCCACCAGAAACGAAGGAUCUUGUCCAGGCACUUGUGAAAUCACGGAAACAAAACGCCACGCAGACAAUUGACGAUGUGAUACAGGGCAAGGGCAAAGGGCUCGUUACGGUGCUCCACGGUCCACCCGGAACAGGGAAAACGCUGACGGCAGAGGGUAUUAGCGAAUUACUUCGAUGUCCUCUGUAUAUGGCUUCUGCUGGUGAGCUCGGAACGGACUCUCGUUAUCUCGAGGCCGACCUGCAGAAAAUGUUGGACAUUUGUCACGCAUGGGGAGCCAUUCUACUACUUGAUGAGGCUGAUGUGUUUCUGGAGAAGCGGAAUAUGCAGGACAUACAUCGCAACGCACUCGUUAGCAUCUUCUUGAGACAAUUGGAGUAUUUCCAGGGCAUAUUAUUUCUCACCACCAAUCGAACGUUUGAUGAAGCAUUUCAAUCGCGAAUUCAUAUAGCCCUUCGGUAUGAGGGUCUUGAUAGCAAAGCUAAGAAGGCCAUCUUCAAAAUGUUUAUCGAUCGUGUCAAGGCUUUCGGCAAAUUGAAAGUCGAGCCGUUUUCCGACGAAGAUCUCAACAAGCUUGCCAAGCAUGAGCUGAAUGGACGCGAGAUCAAGAACAUGGUGGGAUCAGCCCAGGACCUAGCAAUGAAUAAGGACGAGCCACUUAGCAUGCGGCACAUCCAACAAGUCUUGGACAUCCAUGUCAAGUUUGGGCGCGACCUACGCGGCGGAACUGGUUAUGAGGAUGCAAUGAGAAGCUACUGUUAA